AUGUCCCCCAGCUGGCCUGGGAACGCCUCAGGAUCCCAGGAAGGUCUGGACUCAGUGGCAGGGGAGAGAUUGUCGCACCAGCUACAAUACUGGAGACUUUAUCUUCUAGCCGUGGUUCUGGGGAUUGGUGGCUCCUUUCAGUAUGGCAUUCAAGUGUCGGCCAUUGCUGCUCCAGCAGAGCACGUCGAGGCUUUUAUCAACCAAACGUGGCUGCUGAGAUACCAAACUCCCGUGGAAGAUUCCACCGAGCAGCUCAUUUGGUCCUUCAUCGUGGCCGUGCUGAGUUUGGGGGCGUGGCUUGGCGCCGUUCACAGCGGAAGUCUGCCCGUCAAAUAUGGCCGGAAGAAAGCGUUAAUGAUCAACGACGUCGUGGCCGUCGUGGCCGCUUUGUUCAUGCUCUUUAGCCGCGCGGCCAAAUCUUUUGAGAUGAUUUUGCUAGGCCGCUUUCUCUUCGGAUACAACGUUGGUCUAGGCUUGAGCGUGCACCUCAUGUACUUGGGUGAAAGCUCUCCAAAGAAACUAAGAGGAUUCUUGACUCUCACCAGCUCCAUCUUUAUUGGUUUGGGGAAGGUUAUGGGUCAAAUCAUUGGCAUCAAGGAGAUGAUGGGCUCUGAAGAAAUGUGGCCUUUCCUCUUGGCAAUCAGCGGCAUUCCCGCCAUUGUGCAGUUUGUGGCUCUGUUAUUCUUCCCCGAGUCUCCUCGGUACCUUUACAUCGACAAAGGGGACUCUGAAGGCGGCAAGAAAGCAUUGCAGUGGCUGUGGCAGGAAGACGACUUGAAGCAGGAGCUGGAAGACAUGGACAAAGAGCGUGAGAGCGUCCAAGGAGAGCAGGCCAAGACGGUGAAGGAUGUUCUGACUCGUCGCUGUGUCAGAUGGCAGCUGUUGACCUUGGCCAUCCCCUGUGCUGGCGUCCAGUUCUGUGGCAUCAAUGCCCUCUAUUUCUACGCAUUCGACAUUUUCCGAGAGUCAGGAGUACCGGAGGAGCAGAUGCAUUACUUGGCAAUCGGGAUCGGAGCCACGGAACUCAUCACUGUGAUGCUGUGUUCCUUGAUUAUAGACCGUGCUGGCCGCAAGAAGCUGAUGGGCUUUGGCUAUUUACUGAUGGGGGUCACCAUGGCUGUUCUUACUGCUAUGCUGUCCAUCAAGGAUCUGAAUUCAUGGAUCCCGUAUGUGAACAUCGCCUUGAUUUUUUGUGUCAUCUGCAUUUACGGACUCGGACCCUCCGGAGUGUCUAUGGUUCUUCCCGCUGACCUUUUCCUGCAAGCAUGGCGUCCCUCCGCGUACGUCGUAAGCGGAACUAUUAACUGGCUCAGCUUGUUCCUCGUGGGCAUGUGUUUCAGCUACGUGGUGGACGGACUGGGCCAGUACUGCUUCCUGAUCUUCGUGGUCUACUGCGUCUUCAGCGCGGCCUUCCUCCUCUGCUUGGUGCCGGAAACCAAAGGAAAGACCAUAGUGGAAGUUACGGAGGACUUCAACAAACUUAAUUACAAGAACAGAGAAACGGAACUGUCCACUAAGUUGUAA